UGCCAGUGGAGGCGGGGCGAUUGGGCGGGGGUUUGGGGAAGCGAAGUGCGCGGGCCGAGAGCGCCUGGUGGACGCACGCAAGGCUUAGGGGCCACUUGGAUGGAGGCUGCGGGCGUCGCGGGCAGGACUGCAGUGUGGCCGUGAAGCUCAGCGGGCAGGUGUUUGAGGGCCACGGGCAGGAGUGGAUAGGCGCGGACUCAGGGGUCCUGCCUUACUCCGUGUCCUUCCUUCAGCCACCAUGUUCAACCAGCAGCAGCAGCAGCAGCUCCAGCAGCUCCAGCAGCAGCAACUCCUGCAGCUGCUGCAGCAGUCCCCGCCGCAAGCCCCACUGCCCAUGGCCGUCAGCCGGGGGCUUCCCCAGCAGCAGCCACAGCAGCAGCUUCUGAAUCUCCAAGGUGCCAACUCCGCCUCCCUCCUCAACGGCUCUGUGCUACAGAGAGCUUUGCUUUUGCAGCAGUUGCAAGGACUGGACCAGUUUGCAAUGCCACCAGCCACGUAUGACAGUACCGGUCUCACCAUGCCCACGGCAACACUGGGGAACCUCCGUGGCUACAACCUGGCAGCCCCGAACCUGACGGCCCCCAGCCUCACACCCCCCCAGCUGGCCACCCCAAAUCUACAGCAGUUCUUCCCCCAGGCCACUCGGCAGUCCUUGCUGGGUCCCCCUCCUGUCGGGGUCCCCAUGAACCCCUCCCAGAUCAACCUUUCAGGGCGGACUCCGCAGAAACAGGCCCGCACCCCCUCCUCCACCCCCCCCCAGCGCAAGGAUUCUUCUUCUCAGACGAUACCUGUGGAAGACAAGUCAGACCCCCCAGAGGGGUCUGAGGAAGCUGUCGAGUCCCGAACAAACACACCAGAAGACCAAGAUUCCCCACCCUGCCCGGAUGACAUCACUAAGGAGAAACGCACUCUAGCCCCUUUGCCUGAGUCUUGUGAGGCAUCUCAGCCGCCAGCUAAGAGGUCAAAGAGCUCAGAGUUGCCCACAGAGAGGGGGCCCCCCGGGCAGCUGCAGGCAAAGGUCCAGCCUCGGGCCCGCACCACGGCCCCGAAGCAGACACAGACACCCGAGCUGCUGCCUGAGCCGCCGGAAGCCCGAGUGCUGCCACCGUUGCAGCCCCGGGUUCUGCAGAUCCAGGCCCCGGUGCAGGCGCAGGCGCAGGCGCAGCCACUGACGCCCCCCGCGGACGCCCCGGUGCAGCGCAGGCUGCAGAAGCAGGCGCAGACACAGACCUCCCCGGACCACGUGGGGCCGCAGCCGCUGCGGAAGGAGGCGGAGCUGCAGAGACAGGUGCAGCCGAAGGCACGUCCGCAGCCCCCGCGGCCGCCACAGCCGCAGAAGCAGGCACAGACGCAGACGUGUCCUCAGGCCCAGCCCCCGGAGCAGCCCCCGAGACAACCUCCAGGGCCGUCGCCAGGCCAGCCGCCUGACCAGACUGAGGCACAGCCUCAGCCCCCGCCACGGGUGUCGGUGCCGGCCCUAGAGCCAGCGUCGGUUCCGGAUCAUUGCGUGGUGCUCGAGACGCCGCCUGAUAAGGGAGAUAGUGGAGCCGGCCUGGAGGAGGCCUCUCCAGAGCCAGGUGGCGCCCAGGUCAGCGUGGAGAGCCAGGAGGACUUGACCAGUGGCCUGGAUGUGGGAGAAUGUGAAAAACGAGCAAGAGAGAUGCUAGGGGUGUGGGGUGCCGGGGGCUCCCUGAAGGUCACCAUCCUGCAGAGCAGUGACAGCCGGGCCUUCAGCACCGUCCCCGUCACCCCCAUGCCCCGCGCUGGCGACUCUGCGUCUGCCGCCCUGGCCGCCGCCAGCACACCCUCUAAGCAGACCCUCCAGUUCUUCUGCUACCUUUGUAAGGCCAACUGUAGCAGCCAGCAGGAGUUCCAGAACCACAUGUCAGGGGCCCAGCACCAGCAGCGGCUCGGGGAGAUCCAGCACAUGAGCCAGGCCUGCCUCCUGUCCCUGCUGCCCGUGCCCCGGGACGUGCUAGAGAGAGAGGACGAAGAGCCCCCGCCGAGGCGCUGGUGUAACACCUGCCAGGUCUACUACAUGGGUGACCUGAUCCAACACCGCAGGACGCAGGACCACAAGAUCGCCAAGCAAUCCCUGCGACCUUUCUGCACUGUUUGCAACCGCUAUUUCAAGACGCCCCGCAAGUUUGUGGAGCACGUGAAGUCCCAGGGGCACAAGGACAAAGCCAAGGAGCUGAAGUUGCUCGAGAAGGAGCUAGCCGGUCAAGAUGAGGACCACUUCAUCACAGUGGACGCUGUGGGCUGCUUUGAGGGUGAUGAGGAGGAGGAGGAGGAAGAGGAAGAUGAAGAAGAAGAGAUCGAGGUGGAGGAGGAAUUCUGCAAGCAGGUGAGGUCCAGAGAUAUAUCCAUAGAGGAGUGGAAAGGCUCGGAGACCUAUAGCCCCAAUACCGCAUACGGUGUGGACUUCCUGGUGCCCGUAAUGGGCUACAUUUGCCGCAUCUGCCACAAGUUCUACCACAGCAACUCGGGGGCACAGCUGUCCCACUGCAAGUCCUUGGCCCACUUCGAGAACCUGCAGAAAUACAAGAAGGCCAAGAACCCCAGCCCUACCAGCAGGCCCGUGAGCCGCCGGUGUGCAAUCAAUGCCCGGAACGCCUUGACUGCUCUGUUCACUUCUGGCGGCCGCACACCCACCCAGCCCAGCACCCAGGACACAGCUAAAACCCCCAGCAAGAAUGCCUCAACCACAAGAGUUAUUCAAGGACCAGCUCAAAACGCCUCCUCUUCUAAGAAGCCUUCCCUGGUCUCCACCAGAAACCAUCACUCCCUCCUCCAUGGCCACUCCUGACCUGCCUCUCAGCAGCACAGUAUCCCUUAGGAUCCAAGGUCUGGGCCUGUGCCCACUGCGGACCCAGUUCUGAGCCAGCCCAUGACUCAGAUAAUCUCACUCAGCUGCCAGCCUGGGACAAAAGGGGAAGUGGCUGACAGUGUUUGGAAAAGGCCAGGGCUGGAGGAGUGUGUCUGGGAUCUGGGUGCAAGUGUGUCUGCAUUCUGGGGGAAGAGCACCAUCGGCCAGAGCUGGCACAGCUCACAGAGGACAGAGUCCUGGAAAGUCCCUGCUGGAUCUUAGAGUCCAACCCCCUUGUGGUACCGAUGGGAAAACAAGCCCAAGAAGGAAGGGACCUACCCAGGAUCCUCCAGCUGGUUGGUGGCACAGCCAAGAUUCAGAGGGAGCAGGGGCACUUGGGUGUCAGUCCCAGCUCCGCUCCACCCCAGCACGUGACUGCGUCUUUUGGUAAGGGAAUAAGGACCGGGUUGUUGUGAGGAUUCCAAUAUAUUAAAAACUCAGACAGGGUCUGGCCACAGCAAGUACUUAGUAGACGGUCAUUAUUAUCAACACUGCACAUUCUGUGUCACAAGACACAGGCCCGAAGCAGGAUGGGGGAGGCAGGUGGUAUCUCCACACCACUGGGGGCCAGGCUUGAUCUGUGUCAAGGGCACUUCCCAGUGCUAAGCCUCUGCCUUCUGCCUGGGACAGCCACCUCCCCACUGCACUAAGUCCUGUGAAUCUGCCAACAUCCACUCAGUGUGACACCUGAGUGGCUUUUCCUGAUUGCUCUCCCUGCUACUGCAGGCUUCCUUAUACACAUCUGGCUACUGUUCACUUGCAGUGCCCAGGGCAAACUGGCCAGCCUACCACUUACCACCCUGUGGGAGGUCCUCUACCUCUUUAUUAAAUGCAGACCCGGGGUGAUCGAAGUGUUCUGAAACUACUGUGAGGGAUGCACAACUCUGAAUAUCCUAAAACCCACUGACAUGUACAAUUUAAAUGGAUACAUUGUAUGGUAUGUGAAUUAUAGCUCAAUAAAGCUGUUACCCAAACAAAACAAAAA